AUGUCCCUUCCUUCGCGUUACGCCCCUGGUGGAAUCGGGAGGAAAGACGAUAAGAAGAUCCUUGUGCUGGGCAGCAAAAGAAGAAAUUCCGCCGAUUACACUAUACGACUCAUUGAAGAUAGAGUGGACAAAGCAGCACGAAAUCCACAUAAAUACGAUGAAAGUGGUGACAUUGAGAUGGUUCUAAUGGAUAAUUCCGAAGAAGUGGAAGUUAUUACAAAUUAUGUGACUAAUUCAAGAGUGGCAGGCGACUUUUCAUAUGACGAUUCCAUGGACCUAGAUAAACUGUACUUCCAGACUCAAACCAUCCGAAUCAAUGAAAACCUUUCUUAUCUUGUAGUGGACACCAACUUUAUUCUUUCGCAUUUGAAGAUACUCGACGAGCUCAAGAACUUAGGCGAAGAGUAUGGAAUCCGCUUGGUGAUUCCAAUGGCUGUGAUGCAUGAACUCGAUGGCCUAAAAGGGUCCAAACGUGCUGAUGAGCGAAAUGGGAACCCUUCCCAGCUUUCAGGCGAGUCCGUGGGCUACUUGGCUCGCUGGGCAAAUGACUGGGUCUACUCAAGCUUGGCCACGCGUUCAACUACGGUAAUUGGCCAGAAAAUGGACGAAAGACUUGACAAAUUGGCUAUAAAAGACGAUGCUAUAUUGGACUGCUGCCUAUAUUUCCAGAAGCAUAAACCACAUACGCUUCAAGUUCUUAUGUCUAACGACAAGAAUCUUUGCAUGAAAGCUUUACUGAAUAAUGUAUUGACGGUCAGCUUUCGAGAUGAGAUGAGCGCUAAACUCAUAGCAGAAAUGGUUAAAAACGAAAACAUUCAUAGGUUUGGCAAGAUCGAGAAGCAAGCGGUGAUUACCAAGGAAGUAGAGGUGCCAAUUAAGCAACACGUUCCAGUAUGUGCAAACCCUUAUAAGACAGUUUAUUCCGAGAUCCAAAAAGUGCUUCUCGCAGUAGUUCACUGCUGCAUGAAGAGUUCUUAUGGGAAUGAUCUUGAACUUGUGAGAGGCUACGACAAGAGCUCAAUCUGCACGUUGGAAGAUGCUAGCUAUGUGAUGAUCAGGUUUUGGCUCCCAGUAUUCUCUGAGUAUUUACUGAGCAAUAAGCCUUUCAUCACCAAAGGACGACAACAGAAAAUUCCGCAGAUGGUUGAUCUACCCGACAACAAAGAAUCGUUGGUAACAUUUGUACACUAUUGGUCUGAUAUUUUGAAAGUUCUCUACCAGCACGAAAUGAGUGAUUCCCAGAAUGCUGCACUUGAUCAGUUGAUUCAGAGAUGGGACGACUUGGCUGAAAAUAGCGAAUCCUAG